AUGUCUGCCAAAAUGGGAUCCAAACACAAGCCCAACCUCUCUCAAAGCUCCAACUCGAGCUCUGAGGAUGGCACCGCGUCUCGCUCCAGCUCCAGCAGCCACGCCCAGCCUUCGACCUCCCAAUCAACUAUGAGUCGAUGGGAGCGUCUUCGUCGUCCAUCCGCUGCCAGUUCGACCAAGAGACCCAACUUUAACGAGUCCAGCCGCAGCAAUAGCACGCACAGCAGCACCGUCACGUCUCCUACCAGCUCCUUCUUCCCACUACCGAGUCCUCUGGGACCACCAUCGCAGGACAUGAUGCGCACUGCGAGCGACGACAGCUACAUGCACAUCUUGGCGGCUUCCGCCGCAGCCCGGAGGGCAGCGAUGGAGUCGGGUGCGCCCGCAUCUGAUGCAGCUUCCGUCAUGUCGUUCACCUGCUCGCUCAGCAAAGAGUUUGAUCGUCAGCGAAGCGACGAGCGCUCCUUGCACGCAUCGCUGCACGAUCUGUCUUCCGCCAUGGCAGCUGCUAACAAGAUACAAUCCCAACAACAGGCGCAGGGGCUCGACAAAAAGCAAGCUUGGCUCGACACCACCUUCCACAAGCUCAGUGCGAGGUAUCGCGCUCCCAAGAAGGGCGCCAUCUCCAAGACACCGGUCCGACCCACCAAACCUCACUUUCUCGAUCUUAGCUCCAUCAUCUGCCCGACCCCAGCACCCUCAGAUCGCAGCAGUGCAACCACGGAGGAUGAAGCCGAGGCUGGAGACAGAUCUUCUUCUUCGUCAAGCUCGUUCAACUCUGGUCCUGAUUCGUCCUUCGAGGCCAUGUCCGGCUGGGAUGAUUCUUCGGCGGACACGAGUAUCGAGUUGAGGACGCCGCAGAACGAAGAGGAUCGUCAACUCUCUUGCAGUGCUUACGACUUUACCACACCUCGUCCUUCCCAGAUGCAGCGUUUCGCAUCGGCUCAAAGUGCAGCCGCUGCCUCGGUAGCAGCGGGAAUGCGCCUGCCCUCGCCACCGCUCAUCUCUCCGCUCAUGCCGAACUUCGCGCUUCCGAGCUCGGGUGCCUCGACACCCGGCUUUGCUCCUCCCAUUGCCAACAACUACGGCUUCCCCAUCCCACCGCAGAUGAGCGGUCGAGGUGUUACGGUCGACGACAUUCAGCACAAGCCUUCGAGUGUCGCGAUGCAUCCCAGCAACACACUUGGCGUGCCCCAAACGGCUCCGAUUUCGGGAAUGCGUCAGCUGCGCAAGCAGAAAUCGUUUGACAACCCUGCCGAGCUACGACGUCGACAGAAACAGGAGUGGAGUGUCGGUGGACCGAAGCCGCCUGGAUUCGGCGGCAACGCAAAGCUGACCAUCGGCAUUCCUCAACCCCAGCAGUUUAAGCAACCGUCCCAGCAUGGUAUGCUUUCACCGCAGAGCGCUAUGAGCCCGCCCGCGUCGUUGCUUCCGCUCGACUCGCGUCAACGUGCUCAUUCGCGGGUUCGAUCGCCACCUACGCACGAGGCGAUGCUACCUCCGCAAGCACCCAUGCACAGCCGUGUUGCUGAAAUGCAGUCUAGACCAGGAGCGAUGCAACGAGGAAUGAGCUGCGACGCUGCGGGUGCCUCCGUGCAACAGCACAGCGCAGCAGUCACAAAACCUCGAUCUCCGCCGCAACGACCGGGUCUUCUGCCUGCAGCUUCUACCGGCGCGCUUCGUACGCUGCACGGUGCAAUGAUGGGCUCAACGCCAGCGGUGAGCGAUUUGGACGCUGCCUCUUCCACCGGCUUUUCGACAUCCGCUAGACAGCCACGACAGGAAUACGGGCGUCGCAUCACGUCGCCUCUGCAGUCGCCUGUAGGUGGUCCGACGCCGCUGCCCCCUCUGCUGCCCGCCUCAGGGCGCGAGUCGUUCGGCUCCUCUGUAGGCACCGAGUCCCUCCCGCCGACGCCUUUGUCUGCGACGUUCCUACGCGGUCUUCCUCUUGCAGCCGUCGACGAGCGUGUGAAGCCGUCCGGUCCGAGUCGCGACGCUCGUAUUCCGCACGACCUUCAGCAGCCAUUGCCUCAGGGAUCAGCACUCGGUUUGACGCCGGGAAAGAUGGUUCGCGCGUACUCUGAUUUCUCUCACGCCGUGAGUUCUGGCCAACCUGGCCCGAUGAGAAACCACGGAUCACGUCUUCGCAGAGACAGCACCAGCAGUCAGGACUCGAAUGACAUGGAGAUCAUGUCUCGACCCGCCUACACCACCCAAACCACGCCUAAGCAGAAGAUCCGACCAGAGUUGCGCCGCGAACAUACCUCCAACGCCGUCCUGGUCAGUCCACCCAAAGACGCUUCUCGGAUCGACCUUCGCGGCGGACUGCUGCACGAAUCUCCUCGUUCGGCUUCAGCGGCAUCCGCAACCAUCACACCGCGAUCGUCGAGUCUGAAGGAUUUGGUUGCAGCAGGUAUGCCUGAAUCCCACGGCGAGAGGGCGAGUUUGGAUUCAGACAACUCGGACUCUUGUCUUGCAUACACCAAACCUUCACCCCUGAUCCAGCAGGAGGAUCAUAUGUCGAACAACCACAACAUCACACCGACCAACUCGUACAGAGCCGAUCUGGGAGCAGCAGCGGGAUCCAAAUGGAGUCCGGACGACAGCCCCGCCAACACCGUGAAGAGAGGUGGCGGCAGGCAGAGGGCCAAUUCGAGGGCGGAUGAAUGGGCGGCCAAUCUGAGAAAGUUGACCAACAGGGGAGGCGCAAAUCAACAUCCUCUGCCGACGACGACUGCAGGAGUGGGAAAGUAG